AUGUCGUCCCAACAAUCUUCUUUUCUUGAUGUGUUGAGCCUACAUCAACCCAUCUCAUUCUUCCAUGUCCAACUAUCAGUAUCAUUUUUCGUCACGGUUGUCCUUCCAAUUGCCUAUUACAUUUAUACCAGACAUAUAUCAUCCCAAAGGCUCGAGAAGGCGGUGAAAUUUGAAGCACCAAUGCCCGAUGAAGCGAAGCCUCAUUGGAAAGGUAAAAGAUUGAAUCCUCCAACCAUCAUAGAUCCCCAGGAUCCAAAAAAUAUUCAAGGUUAUUGUCCAGCCACUGCUCAAUUCUUGGGCAAGUUCAAAUGCUCUUCAAGAGAUGACAUGGAUGCUGCAAUUAAAGCUUCUAAGAAAGCACAAAAGUCCUGGGCCAAGACUUCGUUUGCCCAAAGAAGACAAGUAUUGAGAAGCUUGAGCGAGUAUAUUUUGAAACAUCAGGAAGAAAUUGCCAGAGUCGCGGCUAGAGAUACUGGCAAAACUGCUUUGUGUGCUUCAAUGGGGGAAAUUCUUGUGACUAAUGAAAAAUUGAACUGGAUUAUCAAGCACGGUGAAAAAGCGUUACAACCUUCUAAAAGACCAGGUCCUUCGAAUAUCUUGAUGAGUUACAAAGGGGCUGAAGUGAGAUAUGAACCUUUGGCUGGGGUUUGUGCCGCAUUGAUCAGUUGGAAUUAUCCAUUUCAUAAUCUUAUGGGUCCAUUGAUCGCCAGUAUUUUUACAGGUAACGGAAUUGUCAUCAAAUGUUCGGAACACGUUGUUUGGAGCUCAACUUAUUUCUUGGAAAUUGCCAGAGCUGCUUUAUUAGCUUGUGGCCAUGAUCUUGAAUUAGUGCAAUUGGUUUACUGUUGGCCAAAUGAUGCUGAUUAUUUUACUUCUCAUCCUGGUUUGUCGCACAUUACAUUUAUUGGCUCAAAACCAGUGGCUCAUCAUGUUGUCAAGGCGGCUUCCGAAUCAUUGACUCCUGUGGUUGUUGAAUUAGGUGGUAAAGAUCCUUUCAUUGUUCUUGAUGAUGUGAAAGAUGUGGAGGCAAUUGCCAGUAUUAUCAUGAGAGGAACUUUCCAAAGUAGUGGUCAAAACUGCAUUGGUAUUGAAAGAAUCAUUGCCAUGCCAAAAGUUUAUGAUCAAUUGGUUGCAAUUUUGGAAAAGAGAAUUCAGACUUUAAGAUUAGGUUCUGAUAUUGACCAAUUGGAGGAAAUUGAUAUGGGAGGUAUGAUCACCGAUACUCGCUUUGAUUCUUUGGAAAAGAUCAUUGAGACUUCUGUCGAUCAAGGAGCCAAAUUGGUUUAUGGUGGUAAAAGAUAUGUUCACCCAAAUUAUCCUCAGGGCCAUUAUUUCACCCCAACUUUGUUGGUGGAUGUUACCCCAGAUAUGGCAAUUGCUACUGAUGAAUGUUUUGCCCCAAUAUGUACUGUUAUGAAGGCUAAUGACGUUGAUGAUGCCAUUGAUAUUGCCAAUUCCACUGAAUACGGUUUGGGAGCCUCAGUCUUUAGUAACAAUUAUGCGACCUGUAAUUAUGUGGCCGACAGUUUGAAGGCUGGAAAUGUUGCUAUUAAUGAUUUUGCAACUUUCUACGUCUGUCAAUUGCCUUUUGGUGGUGUUAAAGGAUCCGGUUAUGGUAAAUUUGGAGGUGAAGAAGGUUUAAGAGGUCUUUGCGUAGAGAAAUCUGUGUGUUAUGAUAAAAUCCCAUUUGUGUCUACCAAGAUUCCAAAACCUCUAGACUACCCUAUUCCAGAUGGAAAAAAGGCCUGGGAGUUUGUUAGCGCAUUGAAUGUUGCAGGAUACAGUAUAAGCUUAUGGGAAAGAAUCAAGGCUUUGGGAACUCUUUCAAGAAACGCUUAG